AUGUCGCCCUCGGCUGUCGUUGUAGCGGAUCCUCGACAGCUUACCACUACUAAUGGAUACCCGACUACUGCUGCCUCCGGAAAGACUGUCGUCGCAAACCAGAUCAAAGCGGCGGCCGUAACCACAGCGCUGGCCCUCGACCCUAACCCUGUGAGCAAUGAUGAUGUCGGAAACCCCGCGCAGCACAAAUAUGGACGAUACAGAAACCCGUCGCUCUACGUCACUCCCGACCACGACGUUCGCGUGGAAGAGAGUCCCAUACCGCCACCCUCACCGACAGAGGUGUUGAUACACGUCCGCGCGACGGGAAUCUGUGGAUCGGAUCUGCACCUGUGGCAUCGAGGCGCCAUAGGACCCUUGACCGUGGACCACGCUCACAUCCUGGGCCACGAAGCGUCCGGGGUCGUCCUGGAGACGGGGUCGGCCGUCGGCCACCUGAAGCCCGGGGACAGAGUCGCCAUCGAGCCCCAACUCCCCUGCCACACUUGUUUCCUCUGCACGUCGGGCAAGUACAACCUGUGCGAAUCGGUGCGAUUUCUGGGCGUCUGCAACGGAGGGACGAUUCGCCGCUUCAUGACCCACGAAGCUCGGUACUGCCACAAGAUCCCGGACGCCAUGACCUUCGUCCAGGGGGCCCUCCUGGAGCCUCUCUCGGUCAACCUCCACGCCAUCCGACAGUGCGGAGGGUCGGUGUCCAUCGGCAAGCCGGUCUUGAUCUGUGGUGCCGGACCGAUCGGUCUGAUCGCCCUGGCCUCGGUGAGGGCUUCCGGAGCGUGGCCCAUUGUGAUCACCGACAUCGAAGAGUCGCGUCUGGAUUUUGCGAGGAAAUUCGUCCCGGGGGUCAAGACGUACCUCGUUCGGCAGCAGCACCAGCAGCCGUCCAAAACGGCCCUCGAGUGCGCCGAAGAGAUUAGACUUUUGUUCGGGUGUAGCGGGACUCGCGACGUCGAGAGGGGGAUCCCGGAAGAAAAUGAAUACAACGCGCCGUCGACUGUCAUGGAGUGUACGGGGAUCGAAUCGAGCGUCAUCACCGCCGCGUACGCCUGUCGACGUUCCGGGAUCGUCAUGGUCAUCGGGGUGGGGCGGAGCCUCAUGGACAGGUUGCCCUUUAUGCACCUCAGCCUUGCGGAGAUCCAGCUGAGGUUCAUGAACCGAUACAACGACACGUGGCCCGCCGGCAUCAACGCCCUGUCGGACAAGCACGUGCUGGACUUGGACGCCCUCGUGACGCACAAGUUUCCCUUGGAACGAGCGACCGAAGCGAUGAAGCUUUGUGCGGAUCGAUCCCAAAGCAGCAUAAAGGUCAUGAUAGUCGACGAUCAGGAGAUCCUUCCAUGAAGGUUUUUUUUCUUUCUUUCAUGUAUUGUGUUUGACCAG